AUGUCAGAAACUUCAAAGGUUGAACAGGUGGAUCUGGUGCAGGCCAAUAUCCUGGCUGCGGGUGCCAACAAGAAGAGUGUGCGUGUUGUCAACGGUUUGGGUUCGCUGAUGGGCUCCAAGAACAUGGUGGAUGUGGACUUCGAAGAGGACUCGAACAUGGACUACUUGCUUCGCAAGGACCAAGAAGAGAAGGAAAAGUACAAGAACGCCAAGCACAUCUCUGAGAUGCCAUGGACGCUAAGUAACUGGCACUUGCACAUCAACUGGUUGAACAUGAUUUUGACCGUGGGAAUCCCAUUGGUGGGUCUUUACUUUGCCUUUUCCGGCAAGGUGCCUCUGCAUAAAAACGUUUUGCUAUUCUCGAUCUUUUACUACGUUCUAGGUGGUGUUUCCAUUACUGCUGGUUACCACAGAUUGUGGUCUCACAGAGCCUACUCUGGCCGCUGGCCUCUAAGGUUGUUCUUUGCCUUCUUUGGUGCCGCUUCCGUUGAAGGUUCCAUCAAGUGGUGGGGUCACUCGCACAGAAUCCACCAUCGUUACACAGACACUGUCAGAGAUCCAUACGAUGCCCGUCGUGGUCUAUGGUUCUCUCACAUGGGCUGGAUGUUGCUACAACCAAACCCAAAGUACCGUGCUAGAGCCGAUAUUGCCGAUUUGACCGACGACUGGAUCGUCAGAUUCCAGCACAGACACUACAUCUUGAUCAUGUUGCUCAGUGCAUUCAUCCUACCAGCCUGUCUCUGCUCUUACUUCUUCAACGAUUUCAAGGGUGGUUUGAUUUACGGUGGUAUCAUCAGAGUCUUUGCCAUUCAACAGGCCACUUUCUGCAUCAACUCGCUAGCUCACUACUUGGGUGACCAACCUUUCGAUGACAGAAGAACUCCUCGUGACAACUGGAUCACUGCAUUGGUCACCUUCGGUGAAGGUUACCACAACUUCCACCACGAGUUCCCAACGGAUUACAGAAACGCUAUCAAGUGGUACCAAUACGAUCCUACCAAGGUUUUCAUUUACGGAAGUUCUUUGAUUGGUUUAGCAUUCAACUUGAAAAAGUUCUCUCAAAACGCCAUUCAACAAGGUUUGGUGCAACAACAACAGAAGAAGUUGGACCGCAAGCGUUCUCACUUGAACUGGGGUACUCCUUUGACCCAACUACCUGUGUGGGACAAGGAAGAAUUCAAGAAGCAAAGCAAAGAGAACCCAGGUUUGGUUGUGGUUUCUGGUAUUGUCCACGACGUUUCCGGUUACAUUACUGAGCACCCUGGUGGAGAGGCCUUGUUGCAAGCUGCACUAGGCAAGGAUGCCACCAAGGCUUUCAACGGUGGUGUUUACUUGCACUCCAAUGCAGCCCACAACGUUUUGGCCACUAUGAGAGUUGCUGUCGUUAAGGAAGGUGUUGACGCUGCUGCCAGAUUUGCCGCUAGAAGAGGUGAAUCUUUGGAAGGCAAGAAAUUGGUGUAA